AUGGUGAUGUACUGUGAGCUUGCAACGAGUCCAGGGUCUAAUGAAAAGAUGAAGAGAUUAGAAGGAGAUAAAGACAGUCUGCAACUACAGGUGAAUGUCUUGACAGAUCAGAUAGAAGCUCAGAAUGAGAAGAUACAAGAACUAGAGUACGCCUGUGCAAAGAAAAGUAAAGAGUUGGCAGAUUCAGAGACUAAGUUACUACAGGAGUCUGAAAUCCACUGUGAAUUGGAGCAGAGCCAGCAGAAUUAUGCAGUAGAAGCUUCUAAGCUGAAAGCUAGACUAGACUCAGUAGAGAAUGAAACUCUUGUUGUCAGAGAGCGUGCUAUUAUGGCUGAGUCUAAGAUUGAAGAGCAGCAACAAGAGAUGAACAAGUUAAUGUCAAAAUAUCAGCAAAGUCAGAAAACUGUGGGAGACCUUCAAUCAGAAUGUCAUAAAUGGCAGGAGAAAUAUAUGGAAACACAGGUCAAGCUAGUUAGGUCACAGACGGAGACAGCAGAGCUUAAGGCUCGUCUGCGCUACAGCCAUGCUCUUCUUGAUGAUCUCCAAUCGAAGAAAGUUAAAACUCUUGAUGAAGAAGUAGAGAAAGAGAAGCUAAAGAUUGCUGUGGAUUCUCUGAUUGUUGGUAACAAAGAAAAGGAUAAGACGAUAGAAGAUUUGAAUCAGAGAUUAUCAAAAUUUUACCAUGUCCAGGAGAUGGCAGCUAUUAAUGGCAGAGUUGACAUGGAUAUGCUCCUUGACAUUGAAAACCAAAGAACAGACAGUUUUUCAACGUCUAGUUCAGCGACGGGAGAAACAGAUACAUCAAAAGAUAGUCGCCAGGUCCCACAAGGAUCAUCUCCAGUUAGUCCAGACCGAGACUUCAACCAUCCCAUGAUGGUAGAUAGGACAGAGGAGAUGUUUGGUUCCAAUACCAGCCGACGAUCUGCUAGUCUAGAGAAUCUACAAACCAAUGUCGUACCAUCAACGAAUGAAACUCCUUCUGACCUAUCCCAUCCCACUCCUGACACCAAAAACCCUGACAGACCUCUUAGUGAGGGUCCUAGAACAAUACAUGUCCCUAUACACAUCCAAGGGCAUGGUACGGUACAGCCCCUCCAUUCCACCCCUGACAUGAAACAUCCUCCAGCGGACAGUUCAACCUUUCUUACAGAAGAUCCUAGAACGAUCCAUGUUCCUAUCCACAUUGAAAGGGUAUCUCCUGGGCUAGGAGAUCCUUCUCUUCCCGAAGACAUGAAACACCUGACCAAAGAAUUGCCAGAAGUGGUCACCUCAGCAUCAAAUAAAACCCCUCCAUUCCCGACCAAUAAUGAGCCAACCUGGGAAUCUGUCCCAAAGAAGGUUAAUUUUGAUUUGGAUGCUACGACUGAGAUCAGUAAUGACCAGAGAAGCUCGGUUGGGGAAGACUUUGAAGAUAGGGCGGGUAUCGAUCAUGUUAGUGUUUUCCUGACACAGGGUGCUAAUAGUAAUCCUUCAAACACAAAUGGUCAUAUAGGGAAUGGUGUAGAGUCUCCAACUGACUUGACCUUCAUUGACAUUGACGAUGCCAACGUGGCACACUUCCGUCGUGACGUUUCCCCCAUUACAGGUCACAUGACUCUACCUGCUCCUAAGAAAACGACGGACUCAGAGGGUGAUUUAGCAGGUAGAUCUAAUCCCUCCGGUUACAGGACGCUGCCCUCCCCUCGUAGAAACCAAGAGUUUGAUCUUCCAACCAAGCUCCAGCAGCAAUCGACCAACGGUACACCAGAAUCAAGAAAACCCAGAGCUUCAUUUGGAAAGGGACUCUUUAAAAUCACCUCGAAAAAGACUUCCAGUGCUCCAAAUCUCGAACAGUUGUUGCUUAGCAACUUCUGUGGUAUAGUUGCUUGUAAUAUGUUUGAGGUUUUAGAUGCUGUAUUGCGGCAGCCGUAA